UUAGAAAGAUGACAUACCUCAAAUGAUCUAACGGCUGUCAUACACUAUGGAGACUUAAUCUAACGGUUGAGAAUAGAAUGAUCACAUCUCUCACGACGAGCCGUUCCCGUCACAAUCACCUUCGAUAACUUCUUCUUCUUCGUCUCUCUCUCUCUCGAACUCUCUUCUUUGUCUUUCUGUUACGAGAGCUUCUUAGACGACGAAUCAAUCUGUGUAUUCUCUCUGUGCUAAGAUGCACUCGUCGUCCAAUUUUCUUCAGUUUCCACCGGCGCAGCAACCGCGCCUGGCUACUAUACCCACCGCGUCUCCGUUCAUGCUCCGCCGGAGCUCUUACGGAUUCGGUGUGUUUCAGAGGAAGCGUGCUCGUUUCAAGAGACAGAGCCGGAGCUUGGUUCUAGUGAACUCCUCGUUUCUUCCUCCGCCGUUCGACGGCAGUGUUCCUCUCGAUUCCCUAGCUCCGUCGCUCGCCGGAUUCGCCUCCGGAUUGGCGGUUUCUCUUUCGUCGAGGCUAUUUGGAAGAUCUGUGGGGAUUAGUGAUCGAAGAAGGAGCGUUGAGGAAGUUGUAGGGGAGUGGAUUCUGUUCGCGAGCCCCACGCCGUUCAACAGAUUCGUUCUCCUCCGAUGCUCGUUACUCUCGUUUGAAGGAGAGCUUGUAGAGAGUCUGAGCGAUAGGCUCGUGAAGGAAGAGAGACAUUUCGUUACUCUGGACCGCGGGAAGAUUGUAACGGCCGAAAGAGCUGCAGAGGAGGAUAAGAACCUGGAAUAUCAGAGGAUCUGCAUCACUACAGAGGACGGCGGCGUUGUUUCGCUUGAUUUCCCGGCGGAUUUGGAUCUUAGGGAGGAGCGUGGGAUGGACACGACUGUGAUUCUGAUCCCGGGAACGCCGGAAGGGAGCAUGGAUCAAAGCAUUCGCUCAUUCGUAAGCGAGGCUCUUAGACGUGGCGUGUUUCCUGUGGUGAUGAACCCUAGAGGAUGUGCUGGCUCGCCUCUCACUACACCUCGGUUGUUCACAGCUGCUGAUAGUGAUGAUAUAUCCACAGCUAUACGAUUCUUGACCAAGACAAGGCCAUGGACUACACUUAUGGGCGUUGGCCGAGGAUAUGGUGCAAAUAUGUUGACGAAGUACCUCGCAGAAGCUGGGGAGAGAACACCUCUUACAGCUGCUGUUUGCAUAGAUAAUCCCUUUGACCUUCAGGAGAUCACAAGAACAUCUCCGUAUUGUAGUAGUUUGGAUCAACAGCUUACUGGUGGAUUAGUAGAGAUACUUCUGGCAAACAAGGAGCUUUUUCAAGGCAGGGCAAAAGCCUUCGAUGUUGGAAAAGCUUUGUCUUCAAAAUCAGUGCGUGAGUUUGACAAAGCCUUAUCCAUGGUGGCAAAUGGUUUCGAGAGUUUAGAAGAUUUCUAUGCCAGUUGUGCCACCAGAGAUGUGAUUGGGGAAGUAAAAAUUCCUGUCCUCUUUAUACAGAAUGACGAUGUAGCACCAUUUUAUUCGACACCACGUAGCUCAAUAGCUGAAAACCCAUUUACAAGCCUGCUUCUGUGCUCUUCUUCACCAAAUCUGAUCGAUGGAUGUACAGUGGCCGCGUCCUGGUGCCAGGACCUUGCGAUUGAGUGGUUGACUGCCGUAGAGCUUGGGCUUCUGAAAGGUCGUCAUCCACUUUUGAAAGACGUGGAUGUCACUGUUAACCCUUCAAAAGGCUUGGUUGUUUCGGAAGCCAAGACACCUGAAAAAGGUAUCACUGCCCAGAAGCUCGCGCAGGUAGCUCGGGGAAAGACGUUGAAUGGUUACCAUGUAGAUCCUUCCAGGAAAACACUUGAAGACAGUUACAUCACCCCGAAGUCGAUUUUGCCAUUUGGAACAGAGUUAGAGAAGAAUGUAAAAAUCGAUACUGGAUCUGAUGAGCCAGUAAAUGGUGGAGUUUCAACAAGCGGUCCUGUCGAUGUCGAAUUAGUCGACGAUAAUAAGUCCGAUGAAGAAGAAAGUGAAAGAGGCGAUAUGUUGCAGACUGCAGAAGUGGUCGUGAACAUGCUUGAUCUAACCAUGCCUGGCACCCUGAAAGCUGAAGAGAAGAAAAAGGUCAUGGAUGCUGUUGGGCGAGGAGAGACAGUUGUUAAAGCGUUGCAAGAUGCCGUGCCAGAAGACGUUCGUGGGAAGCUAACAACAGCUGUAACUGAGAUCAUGCAGUCAGGUGGCAGUAAGUUAAAAUUUGAAAAGCUUAACCUUCCUAGUUUAUCACCAGGAAUUGGAAAAGCGGAGGAAGCAAAGAAAGAACCGUUAAGUACCACAGGUCAAAAGGAUUCACAUUCUGAUCCAAUAAAGAAGAGCGAUGGUUUGGUGAGUGGAUCGGACAAUUCUGCUGGUGGAAUAGAACCAGAGCAUUCCUCUUCCAAGGCUUCCCAGAAAGAUGAUAAUGGAAAGUCCCAACUCGUCAACAGUGAUCAAGAUGAUAGCUCUGUUCUUACUAAGAAAGGUAAUGAUGAGCCAGGGAGUCUUGGAAACAACGAGUCAUCUGCCAAUGAAAAGAAUAGUGCAGCUGAUGUUUCUGAGAAGGCUUCUGAAGCAAAGGUUGAUACCAACAAAGGGCAGCAAAUUGGCACAGAUAAUAUUACUAGUGAUGAUGACAAAGUGGACCAAGGUUCAGUAAUAACCAAGCCUCAAAGACGGGAAGAAACUAAUAAAAACGAUGAAAAAGGAGCACCUGUGGCCAAUGAAAAUUCCAGUGCAUCUGAUUCUCUUCAGAAGGCUUCAGAUGCAAAAGUUGAUGGUAGCAACCAAGGGCAACCAAUCAGUGCAGACAAUGUGAUUAGUGGUGAAGACAAAGCGGACCAAGGUGAUGUAUUAGCUCAGCAACAAAGAAAGGAUGAAACCACUAAAAAUGAUGAUGACGCAAAACAAUCUGCCACCGACCAAGACAAAGUGGCAUUUACUGGCAACGAAGGGGAUGGUGGAGAAUCUUCUGCUUCGCAGUCUGUAGAGAAAGAAGAAAUUGAUGAUCAGAACAAAGAAACAAAAAUUAUGGAACCUGUAUCUGACCAAUCUAUGCCAGCAAUUCAGGAACCAAAUCAGGCCAAGUUUAAUGUUUCGCAAGCAUUUGAAGCACUGACAGGGAUGGAUGAUUCAACCCAGGUCGCUGUCAAUAGUGUGUUCGGUGUGCUUGAAAAUAUGAUUACUCAGCUGGAUGAAGAAAAGAAAGAAGGGAAUGAGGAAAAUGAUGAGAAGAAUCUCAAGGAUGAGAAAAUCACGGAAGAUAAGAAUGUCACAGAUGUGAAGAAUGUCGUGGAUGAGAAGACUGUCACAGAAGAGAAUAUAAGGUCUCCAUCUGAAGACCAAACUCCCUACAACGAAGAAGUGGAAUGCCAAAUGUCCUCUGAAGAAUCACAUGAUCAUGAAACUGGAAAAGGUUCUGACAAUGAUAAUACAACCUGGGCGAUGAGUAAAAAGCAUUUGGGUGGAGAUGAAUCUGUGAUUGGUCAGCAUCUACCAAAGACUUUUCCUGCGAAAAAUACAGAUUCUCUCGAGAAUUCUUCUUAUGAUGGUUACCUUGGGGAGGAACUUUCAGAAGAGCAGAUUGCAAAACAGUUGGACUUAGAUACAACCACUGCACUCAUGCUUGAUUAUUAUCCAGAGGAAGGUAAAUGGAAGCUCCUUGAUCAACAACCAGAAUACUUGAGUAACCUUGCUGAUAAUGCAGCAGUCAGCAGAGAUACGCAAAGAAAUGUUGAGGUUCAUUCAACCAGUGUAAGUAAUGAACAGAACAUCAUUGAGCCUUCAUAUGUGAUAUUGGACCAUGAACAAGGGGUGGAACUCUCUGAAAUGCAUGAUGCAGUAGACGAUAGAAAUGACGGCCUUCACAAAUCAAAGGAAGGGUGUGAUGAAUUAGAGCACCUCAUCAAAGUUAUUGUAUCAGACUCUUUGAAUGUAGAAGUUCAACGCAGGAUGAAUUCAGCUGGCAUGAGACAAUUCGAGUCUCAACUCAGUCGAGAUAUAAAAAGGGUAGCAAAUGCAAUUUCUUUUGCUGUUGUAUAUGGGGAGCCUACUUGGACUUUCAAAACGAAUAGCAAAAAUUCCAACAUUCCUGCUGGAAAAGUAGGUAAACUUCGUGGGAAUGCUAUCAUUAGGGCAAUUUCAUCUGCUGUUCAGGAAGCGCAUUUUCUCAGGCAAGUAUUGCCUGUUGGUGUUGUUGUCGGCUCCGUUUUAGCUGCUCUGAGAAAGUGUUUCGAUGUAUCCACAACAACCGAUAACGCUGAGAGAGAUAUUGUCAUGGGUAGAGCACAAAAACAUGGGAACAAUGGUGCAACAAAGAGUGUUGUGGCAACCCAAACGAGCCGGAAGAGCAAACAGAGGACCUCGAGCAUUGGAGAAAUGGUGGAAUCUGGCCUGCAAAAUAUCAGCAAUGAGCCUGUUAUGGUUGGUGCUGUAACAGCUGCUCUGGGUGCAUCUGCUAUGCUGGUUCAGCAUGAGGAUACACAAAGCGGUGGCAUCAUGUCAAAACCAUCGGAGAAAGAAAGUAAACAGAAAGACCAGAGCGGUAUGGUAGCAAGUUUUGCUGAGAAAGCCAUGUCUAUAGCUGGUCCUGCGGUUCCAACAAAGGAAAGUGGUGAAGUGGAUCAAGAAAGGAUUGUGACGAUGUUGGCAGAUUUGGGUCAGAGGGGUGGCAUAUUGAGGCUAGUUGGGAAACUCGCCUUGCUUUGGGGUGGCCUUCGUGGUGCUAUGAGUCUAACUGAUAAGCUAAUCCAAUUUCUGCAUGUGGAUGAGUGGCCCUUACUGAAGAGGGUUGUGGGAUUUGUUGGAAUGGUGUUCGUUCUGUGGUCACCGGUUGUGAUACCCUUGCUUCCAACACUUGUCCAGAGCUGGUCCACAAGUACUCCAUCUAGAGUGGCGGAACUAGCUAGUGUAGUUGGCCUCUACAUUGCUGUUUUUAUGCUUGUCAUGCUAUGGGGAAAGAGAGUAAGAAAGUAUGAAAACCCAUUCAGGCAAUAUGGGCUUGAUUUCAAGGCACCUGCCAAAAAACAGAUUCAAGAGUUUUUGAAGGCCUUGGCAGGGGGAGUCACAGUCGUUCUAUUAAUACAGUCCAUAAAUACAAUAUUAGGAGCUGCAAUUUUAUCUCGGCCGCCAUAUCUUCCACAUCCAUUUGAUGCCAUGAAGUGGCUUAAAGGAUGCGCGCAGCUGCUUCUGGUGGUAGUUAAGGGAUUAACAGCUGCGACAUUUGUUGUAUUUGUGGAAGAGGUGCUCUUCAGAUCAUGGAUGCCUAACGAGAUCGCUAUAGAUACAGGAUACCAUCAAAGCAUUAUCAUUACAGGGCUCGUAUUUGCCUUGUUCCAGAGAUCUCUGAGAUCAGUUCCAGGGUUCUGGCUUCUGUCGUUGGGACUCGCAGGGGCUCGUGAAAGAAGCCAAGGGAGUCUGAUUGUCCCAAUCGGGUUACGAACAGGAAUAAUAGCAACAAGCUUUGUACUUCACACUGGUGGAUUCGUUACCUACAACCCGAGUUCCCCGGCUUGGAUUGCAGGGACUCGCCCGUUACAGCCUUUUAGCGGAGUAGUUGGUUUUGUGGUCUCUGCGGCGCUAGCUCUCAUUCUUUAUCCAAGACCACCUCCAGAAACCAAGAUGCAAAAAUACAAUUUAGAAAAAGAAGCCAAAGAAUAAGUAACAAACGGCUUUUUUUCUGCUCAUGCACACUCUGUGAUUUGCAGAGUGAGAACAGAUUUACUGUGCGCAGAAGGAUACAAUAGGAGUAGGUGAAAGUAUAAAGGUGGGGACAGAAGAAGAGCUUCGGAUUCACAGACUUGGUAGGUAGCGGAAGACCCUUCUGUACCUAGUAGAGUAUAUAUAUAUAGUCUUUUGUUACAAUUCAUCAUAACAUUUGUAUAAAUAAGUAAUAUAUCAUAUGUGAUCUUUUGAGCAAA